AUGUCGAAUCCCCGCACAAGCUACCAGGAGUACACCUUCCCUCGAGAUGUUUGUCCAGUUUGUGAAAAGGCAAGUCUUUACUCCUCGCAGAACGAGGUUUGCGAGGCCAUCGUCAUUGGUUCUGAGGAGCUUACCAACGUGGGCUUACUUCGAAAACGACGCUGGUCGUGCAACAACACAAUGAGACACAACCUCUUGAUUCUGGGCAAGGAGAAUAUCAACUGCAUGAGUUUCCAGGAAAUGGAGCAAUCGGGUGCUCUCUUCAUCACCGCCAAGACUGGCUUUUCCAUGAAGUACUUGCAGCUCACUUUCCUUAGAUUGAUGCGAGCAAAGGCAGCGCCCGGACAAGAGGCGGCCGUGCUUGGCAUCUUUCACAAGGAUGAUGACCGGAUGUUCUGGCGUCAGCAAACGACAACGGACCAUCUACUACAUGCCCUGGAGGCGUUUGCAAUUGCCAAGUCCAAACCCAGCGAGGUUUUGCAGUUCAACCUGAAUUACCCGGCCAAGCAUAUGAACUUGUUGCGGAAGGACAUCAUCUUCGAACCUCCCGAGUCCGUCACCGCCCUUGCCUUCGACGGCCACUUCGGAAUACAUCGUGCGCUAUGUGAUGGUGUUGAAGCUCCAUGCACCGUUCGCAAGAAAGGUCAUCCUCGAAAGCUACCCCAGGAGCAUCAGCGAUCCUGCUCUUGCAAGGCCAAGGACGUCCAAAGGCUCGCUCUUCCGCAGAGAACUGCUGGUUGGCAAUUCGUUCUCGAUCCAGACAGUCGUCGGGUCCUUGCCGCUGGCGAACAUCUUCAAAACGAAACGAACGAGGACAAGGCCAGCUUGGUCGAGAAGGUUCUCAAGCUCCCAGGGAUGAAGGUCGACUUGCUCCUCCACGAUGAUGCCUGCCACUUCGAAAAGUAUGUCAAAAGGAACAAUCUUGAGGCCUUCAGUAGUGUUAAGCAUUAUGUGGUAGAUGCUUUUCACGCUCCCAACCACAAGUGCUCCAAACGGUACUGGACCGGAGCUGUGAAGAAACGGUGCGCCAAGGUGCGCGCCAAUAUUCCUGAGGUCUUUAAUGCCUGGAUUCGCAGCCUGAACUUUUUCUUCAAUGGCUUAAGACCGCACUCGCACAAGUUCUGGGUUGCCGAGGCAUGUAAGUUUUACAACAACAAUCUGCAGGAUGUGCCACUCAAGAUUGGCCGCCGCAAAAAUGUUGUUGCUCGCAAAUCCGUGCACAAGCGUCCAGGCGCCAAGGCUCAGAAGAAGCCAGCUGCGGUCGCCAAGACCCAGAGGAAGCCGGCUGCGGCUAGGUUGUAA